AUGACUGGACAUCAACGACUCCUUCAUCUAGUCUGUUUUGCAACCCUUCUGUGGUCGUUUCUGUGUAAUGGAGCCCCCUUCAACGUGGUAUCCAUCCGUCAGGAGCACAGCAGAUCGCCUGCAGAGAACAGCAUUGUCGACAAGCUUGUCCAGGGCUACACCACAUCUGGACCUCAAUGCCUGGGCACCAACAGCCAAACGCAGCCGGAUGGAACCCUAUGUUCUACACUAUCUAAGAGGGCUCUGAAGAAACCCGGAUUUGGUUCUAAUUUACUGAAGGUAAAUCUACUCCCUAAGAAACUUAGUACCUUAUACUUACAUUCUAAGGGUCUCCCCAAGCUGGGUAAUAAGCGGCCCCCUCGUGUUAAGAAGAACAGAGAUCAGUCUUCUACUGAAGAUAGGUCUACGAAGACGGGUUCUAAGAAGGGGCUUACUGAUGAGGCUUCUACUGAUGAGGCCUUUACUGAAGAGGGGCCUAAGAAGAAGGGGUCUACUGAUAAGGGGUCUCUUGAUGAGGGGUCUUUUGAUGAGACCUCUGCUGAUGAGGGGCCUGUUGAAGAGGCCUUUACUGAAGAGGGGUCUAAAAAGAAGGGCUCUAAGAAGAAGGAGUCCACUGAUGAGGCUUCUACUGAUGAGGCUUUAACUGAAGAGGGAUCUACUGAAGAAGCCCCUGCUAAAAAGGCGUCUAAGAAGAAGGGUUCUAAGAAGGAGUCCACUGAUGAGGAGUCCACUGAUGAGGGGUCCACUGAUGAGGCUUCUACUGAAGAAGCCACUGUUGAAAAGGCAUCUAAGAAGAAGGGCUCUAAGAAGAAGGGGUCUACUGAUGAGGAUUUAACUGAAGAGGGAUUUACUGAAGAGGCCCCUGCUGAAAAGGGGUCUAAGAAGAAGGGGUCUACUGAUGAGGAUUCUGCUGAUGAGGCUUUAACUGAUGAGGGAUCUACUGAAGAAGCCCCCGCUGAAAAGGCGUCUAAGAAGUCGUCUAAAAAGAAGGGGUCUGAUGAAGAGACCUCUACUAAAGAGGCUUAA